AUGCCAAAGGAUGAGGUAGGCAAUACUCGGAACUCCGAGCGAAGGGGCUCGAACGACGAAGAGUCCCGUGCCCUUCUUUCGAACAGCUCUUUUCAUGACGACAACCACGAUAGCGCCGGUGACAGCGAGGACGACUUGGUGGUACUCUCCGGAUCCACCGAUGAACAACCAGCACCAGCACAAACACAUACGCGUCCGACCAUUUCAACACAGCAUGUUCCUCGACAAUCGUCAAUUUCUAGGCCGGCUCCAGAUGGACAACGUCGUACGCCGCGAACACCACUUCGCGUUCGGUUCGACCUCUCCGAACAUGUUGCGGACGAAGAGACACCGGCCACCAACGGGCACGUUCAAUCCAGACAUCAGGAUGGAGAUGACUUAUGGAUGGAUGAGGAAGAUUAUAUGACGGAGGGCUCGCAGCGUUUGCGCAGUAGCACAGGGCAAAUGGCACCACUGCUCACCGGCAUCGAAGCUCCAACUGUAACGCUGGCAACAUCGGAGGACUUCUUUCCUGAAGACCACCUGGAAAGUGCCAGACCUCGAAGUGGGAUGCGUAUGGCAUUUAUGAAUAUGGCCAACAGUAUUAUCGGAGCCGGCAUCAUCGGGCAGCCGUAUGCCCUGCGACAAGCGGGCUUGGUAACGGGCAUUGUGCUUUUAGUGCUCUUGACCAUUACAGUCGACUGGACCAUUCGCCUUAUUGUCGUCAAUUCUAAAAUGAGCGGCGCCGACUCCUUCCAAGCAACUAUGCAGCAUUGCUUUGGAAGAAGUGGGUUGAUCGCUAUAUCUAUUGCCCAAUGGGCUUUUGCAUUUGGGGGCAUGGUCGCAUUUUGUAUCAUAGUGGGUGAUACUAUACCUCACGUCUUUGCUGCAUUAUUUCCUUCGUUAAGAGACAUGCCGUUUCUGUGGCUUCUCACGGAUCGCAGAGCUGUCAUCGUUCUGUUUAUAUUGUGUAUCUCAUAUCCUCUCUCCCUUUACCGAGAUAUUGCCAAGCUCGCAAAAGCUUCAGCACUGGCCCUCGUCAGUAUGCUUAUCAUCGUAGUAACAGUCGUAAUCCAAGGAUUUCGGGUGCCCUCAGAAUUAAGAGGCGACUUGAAAGGGAAUCUUGUCAUCAACUCGGGGUUCUUUCAGGCUGUCGGAGUUAUAUCUUUCGCAUUUGUGUGCCAUCAUAACAGCCUCUUGAUUUACGGAUCGUUGAAAAAACCAACACUCGAUAGAUUUGCAACUGUGACACACUAUUCUACUGGAGUUUCAAUGAUCAUGUGUUUGGUGAUGGCCAUUGCCGGUUUCCUGUCAUUUGGAUCAAAGACUCAAGGCAAUGUGCUCAACAACUUUCCUUCCAAUAACAUCAUGGUGAACAUAGCGCGAUUCUGCUUUGGCCUCAACAUGCUCACUACUUUACCCCUUGAAGCAUUUGUUUGCCGCUCUGUCAUGACCACCUACUACUUUCCCGACGAACCCUUCCAUCCAACCCGUCAUUUGUAUCUUACUACCGUCCUAGUCCUCACCUCUAUGUUCCUGUCAUUGGUAACUUGCGACCUUGGCGCUGUAUUCGAGCUGAUCGGAGCCACCAGUGCGGCAGCUUUGGCUUAUAUUCUUCCACCACUCUGCUAUGUGAAACUGAGCAAUACUAGUCAUAGAGCUAAACUUCCAGCAUAUGCGUGCAUUGUGUUUGGUACAGUGGUGAUGGUCAUCAGCCUCUUGCAGGCAGUGGGUAAAAUGAUUCGAAAUGAAGGCGGAGCGCAGACUUGCGGGGGAGCUAUAUAGAAAUAGUUCAUACAUACCAGGCGUUGAUCCUCUUCCAAACUGUAUAUAAUCACGAGAAGCUUCAAGCUUCAUCCUUGCAUACUGUCGCUUGACGUCGGUCUGUAUUAGCGUUGUCUUGUCUUUUUGUUCAAAUAUGUUUCUAUUCUAGCCUUGUAUUCUCUCAAUCUCAUUCUUUUUUUUUUCUCCGGCAGCAGUCACUGCCAAAACAAGAAGGCGUCCCCUUCCCAGUCUGGCGCAGUUCUUGCCCUCUGUCACACUAGGCCAUUGUCCAAUCAGAGUUUCUAUUUUUUAUUUGUUUGUGUGUGUCCUGCGCCCAGCCAACCCUUAUAAAAUAUCUCCCUCUUCCUUUCUCUUCUCUUUCUCUCCUCUUUCUCUCCCAUCACACUCAUAUCUCUACAACUGUCUCCCUUUUUUAGUGAUCAUCUCUAGAAAGCAUCUUGUUCUUGCUAUUCACUUGUUCU